AUGGUUACUCUGGGGAGAAACCAGCCCCUGAAGAGAGAGAAGCCCAAAUGGAAGAGCGACUACCCAAUGACCGAUGGGCAGCUGCGCAGCAAGCGUGAUGAAUUCUGGGAUACAGCACCGGCUUUUGAAGGCCGCAAGGAAAUUUGGGAUGCACUUAAGGCGGCUGCCCAGGCCUUUGAAAGCAAUGACCAUGAGCUUGCUCAAGCCAUAAUUGAUGGUGCCAGCAUAACAUUACCACAUGGUGCUCUGACUGAAUGCUACGAUGAGCUGGGGAACCGCUACCAGCUGCCUGUCUACUGCCUCUCGCCUCCUGUCAACAUGAUUGAGGAAAAGAGCGAGUUGGAGACCAUUGUGGUCCCAGAAGCUCCAGCUAGUGAAGGCCAGGAGUGUCAGUUGCGUCUGCGUCUCUCCACGGGACGAGAUCUACGCCUGGCCGUCCGCACCAGUGACAAUGUCCAGCAGAUGAAGCGCCGUCUGCAGACCCAGGAGGGUGUAGUGGCCACCAGCCAGCGCUGGUUCUUCUCAGGCCGACCACUCACUGACAAGAUGAAGCUGGAAGAACUGAAGAUCUCCAGAGACUAUGUCGUCCAGGUGAUCGUCAGCCAGCCUCCCACAACCCCACCACUGCCGCAGAACCCCACUCCUGUGGAAAACUAAUGACUCGUUGGGGAUAUUAACCACCACACCAAGUGUGUAUGUGAGAGGAUAUCAAUGUGCAUGGGCCACAAUAUUUUUCAGAAGAUUUCUCUAUUUUUGGAUUAGCCACUUGAGUCUAGAGUGAACCUCUAGAGGCUUUUCCCUUCAAACACUCACUGCCUUUGACUUAUAGCUUUUCUA